AUGCACAGACGCGGCAUCGAUGUCGAGCCGAGAUGGCACCUGAAGCCGCGCGCAUUCUCGCCGCAGACUCCGCAGACACGAGCACCUACCCACUGGGAACGCGCAGCAGCAGCUGCAGCAGCAGCUGCAGCAACAACAACAGCAACAACAGCAGCAGCAACAGCAGCAGCAACAACAGCAGCAGCAGCAGCAGCAGACACGUGUCAGGAGUCAGCAGCUGCAGCUUUGUCAAAGACUCCAGAGUCUUGGCUUUCCUUUGCAGACGUAGAUCACGGCUCAGCGGGUGGAAACGACUUUCUCGGGUGGAACGUUGGCAGCAGCAGCUGCUCAGCUGCCGCGCUGCUGCUGCAAGACAUGCCGCAGGUUGUGUCUCGAGGCAACGGAAGCACUCAGGAGUCGCCUCCCUCCUCCUCAGAGACGCUGUUCAGAGCGCCUAUCCAGAUGCCCCCUUCGCCAGCCUCCCCAGUGGCGCCAUCUUCUUGCGUGCAGAAUCGCCUCCCCCAGCAGCCUCAGUGGCUCGCUCAAUUACCCGCAAACACGCAGGCUGCGGCUGCAUGCUACGCGCAAUUCGCGGGGGGAGGAGGUGCCUCUCCCUGCGCGCAGACCUCCUCCCCCCAGCGCCUGUCGCCUCCCUUUUCAGGAGUGCCUCAAGGCUUCGUCCUCUCGCACCAUCAGCAAGAGCAGCAACAAGACAAGCACCAGAAACAGCAGCAACAAGACCAGCACCAGAAACAGCAGCAACAAGACAAGCAACAACAACAACAGCCUUCACGGCAACGGGCGCAGCGUGCAGGCAGCACCCCGAAGUCUCGCCGUCCGACGGCAGCAGCGAUUCCGAGUAAAAGGAGCCUUAGUGCGUCGCCUUCUUCUUCGUCGUCUGCUGAAUCCGCGCCGUCCGCUGUCGGCGGCUCUGUCGCGUCGCAUGCAUCUCCUCCGAGGAUCGCGGCGAAGUGGUGGGAAGUGCCGCAGCCCAGAGAAAUCCCCCCCUUGACGGCAGAAGACGUCGAGCAGUUGAUUCAACAGCAGCACCUGCCUCACUGCCCCUCAGUGGUUUAUGACAAGGCUCGCUUCUGCUUUUACGCAUUGUGGAGACUACGCGACGGCGUGCUGCAGCGGCGAAGGUGCUCCAUUCACGUACUCGGUGCAAGGGAGGCGCAUCGACAAGCCGUCCAAACCCUCAUGCUGAAAUUCGGCUUCGAAGGGGCUCACCAUAAGGCUCUGGACUGGUACGAGGCCAAACGUGUAGAGCUAGGCUUGAACGAGGCACCCGCACAUACGGAAGCCGACAUGGAGUUCGCGCUGUCUCUCUCCGCGGAGGAGCUUCUAGCGCUGGCUCAACAGGCACCAGACGCAGUCCCUCCGGCAGGCACACACGAAGGCGCUCUGCUGUCAGCUGCCGCAGUAAGCUUUUCCCAGCAUUCAUCGAAAAAACGAAGCCUUCAGCAGCAGUCGCAACAGUCGCAGCAGCGGCAGCAGUCGCAGCAGCAGCAGUCGCAGCACUCGCAGCAGUCGCAGUCGCAGCAGCAGUCGCAGCAGCAGCAGCAGCAGCACCUGCUACCCUUCCACACCUACACGCCCUCCGCUGUGGCGUCAUCCUACGAGCCAGAGGGGCAAGUGGAGCUGCCGCCAAUCUCUCUCGCGUCUGCAGGAGAGGACACGCCACAGCAGCAGCUCCUGCUGCAGCAGCAGCAACAACAACCCCCCCCUCAGCAGCGAUCAAAAACGCAAGCAGCUACCAGCAGCACCCACCGAGAUGCAGCAGACCCCCCUCGAGAGGCCAACUACGCACUCCCUGGGAACAGAAAGCAAAGCGAAGCAGCUGCCAGAAAUACAGCCGUCGCAGCAAGGCUUGAGCUUCCCCCUGUACGACCUGGCUUUGGAUCGAACUGCCAAAGAAUCGCUGCCGCUGCCUGCGCCGCAAGGCGGAAAGGGCGAUACACACGUCUUGCACCUGCUGCACCCCACACUUACACAGAGAAAAAGGCCUUGCCCGUCUGCUUAACAGGCUGCGGCGCAGAGGCAAGGAGGUUUCGCCGGAUGGAAUGGCAACGCUCCUCUUUAUGUCGUUCCCUCUCAUAUAAGGCAUUCGUUUUUUUCGCGUGCGGGGUAGAGGCGACGCAGCAGUGGAGAGGGAGAGGACCUUGGCUUGCGGGGAAAAAAGCCUGCACAGGGAGACACCUCCGCUUCAGCAGAUUCCCAAGAAUAGGGGCUGCAUGCAGAGCGGGGUGCUCUUGUCGCGCUUGUAGUGUUGCGUCGCUUAAUGCACCCUCCCACCCUGCGUGUUAG